AAAAUAUAUUUUGUCAUAUACUAUAUCGUAGGCAUUACCAAACAAAUAUUUAUUCCAAAUAAUGUCAAAUCCAAAAUUAGGAAAGGCCACUGAAGAAGUGUAUGUCAUUGCUAAGUAUGAUUACGCUGCUCAAGGUAGCCAAGAGCUGGAUAUAAGGAAAGGUGAGCGUCUGCUUCUUUUGGAUGACAGUAAGCAUUGGUGGAAAGUUUGUAAUUCCAAAAAUCAGUUUGGUUUUGUCCCUUCCAAUUAUGUGAAAAGAGAAAAACCUUCCAUAUUUGACAGCAUUCGAAAGAAAGUUCGAAGAAGAAGCGAGUCAAAAGCCUCUCCGACGGGGUCUCCAGUUGCUAUCACUGACUUAAAUGCUAGUUCUGUUCAUGAUCUUCCAUCCAGGACUAAAGUCACUACACAUAUAACAGCAGUAGCUAAAUAUAAUUACACUGCCCAACAAUCAGAUGAAAUCUGUUUGGUGAAGGGAGCUCGUAUUUUGGUUCUUGAAAAGUCUAGCGAUGGAUGGUGGAAAGGAGAAUUUAAUGGGGCCAUUGGAUGGUUUCCUUCCAAUUAUGUAUUUCAAGAAAUUAAUGGCCAAAAUGGUGUUAACAACUGUCCUCCAGUUCAGUUAGGAAAUGGUGCCAAUCUGUUAAAACAAGGUGAGUGUCUAGACAUUGUGACAGCUCUUUUUGCAUACACUGCCCAAAAUAAGGAAGAACUUUCCUUUCAGAAAGAUGAGAAUCUUGAAGUUAUUGAAAAACCUGUCAAUGAUCCCGGCUGGUGGAAAGUUCGUAAUCAGAAUGGUGAGAUUGGACUGGUGCCUAAAACCUAUGUUGAAGUAAUUUUGCCACCUCCAGUUGAGGAUGGAACAUUGGACUCUAUAGGUUCUUCUUCAUCUGCGGGAUGGAUGUGUGGAGCCAUGGAAGGUGCUUCUACAGAUGUUAGUCAGUUACAGACAGAGAUGAUGAAUAUGGGUGUAAUGUCCUGUGAAGCCUCACCCAUGGUGCAAGCCAAAAAUCGAGGGCCAUUGCCACCUCCAGUAAUGCGACAAGACCUUCUUGGUAGACCUUGGUACUUUGGUGGCAUCUCCAGGAGCCAGUGUGACCAGAUGCUCAAUAAUACUGCACAAGAUGGAGACUUUCUCAUUCGUGACAGUGAGACAAAUGUGGGAGAUUUUUCUGUGUCACUUAAGGCUCCUAUAAGAAAUAAGCACUUUCGAGUCCAUGUAGAAAAUGGGAUCUACUGCAUUGGUCAGCGUAGGUUUAAUGAUCUAGAUGAGCUUGUUGAACACUACAAACGAGUGCCAAUUUACACCAGUCCAGAGGGUGAAAAAUUAUUCUUAGUUAAGCCAUUUCCCAAGUUGUAGCUUAUGAUAAACCAUACUUCGAAACUUACUUUGUCAGAGAAAGUUGUUUUUAAAACUACAGCGUGUAUGCUCAUUGAUACCUUGAAAAAUUGUUUGGUCAUAUAUACUCAUGUGGAAACCUAGCCAAAGUUCACUUGUUUUUUUUAAAUAUACUUUCAUUGAAUUAACUUUGUAGCAGUUGAAUUUAUGUCCACAUUUUUUCUGGCUAGUAAAAUGAGCAACAAAAUAGCUAGAAAUACAUUAUAUUACACAAGGUUCUCACAGGUUUAAAAACUGGUUCCUAUUUACAAUAGUCCAGACUUUUUAUGAUAAACAAUACCUACAUUUACAAAAAGGUAUUUUAACAAAUGACAGGUUAUAUAAGGUUAAAAACUAUAAUUCUUCAUGUCUUAGUAAUGAAGUAUAUUUAAAUUAUUCUUAGUACUUAAUUUGUUGAGAACAUUUUAUGAUAUUCCUGUAUUAGUGUGUGGUUUAUAUUUCGUGUGUUUAUAAUGUAAAUGAGCACUUGGUAUGGUAGAGACCCAGUUAUUACUUGAAGUGUUCUCAUACAAGACAAAUAUUCAAUAUGUUUCAGUGUUUCUAAACUUGAGUCAAAUAUGCUCUUGAAAUUUUCUUAUAUAUCAACAUACAUAAAUAAAUAAAAGGUCUGGUCUACAUGUGUGAUUAUGUGAAUUUAGACAUAUAUUGUUUGAUUUUAUAUUAAAAAAGAAAUGGGAAAAAUAAAAAGGACUAAUAAUAGCAGCAUAAGUUAUUAAAAGCAAUU